UGUGCUGAUUGCCCUGGCUUUACUUUCUCCAUCUCCGAUCCCCAUUUUCCGUCGCUCUCCGACUGAUCGGCAUCUUCUUCCCCGCCUUCAUCUCCGUCGGCGGUGAUGUUGAGCUCCAAGGCUCGAUCUAGCAUACCUGAGGCCUCAAAUGGCAAGCCUCCAUCAUCGACGACCACCAGGGUUGGCAAGGUAGCUGGAAAUGGAUCGACCACCAAGUCCGAUUCCACAUCGCCUUCUUCUGUGGCAAAGCUAUCUUCUCCUCUUCCAAAGUCACAUACUUUUGACCGAUUUUCUACUUCACCAAAGCUUCACGCUUUGCUUGAGCGAUCAUCAAAGGCAGUUGACUCAAAAACGACAAUCAAGAGCAGCAUGCCUUCUCAUUCUUCUCCUGCAGUGAAGCCUCGCCCUUCGGUUGACAGAUCGCCAAUUUCUGUCGAUUCCAAACCAACAAUUAAGACCACUUUCUCUCUUGAUAAGCCACAGCGAUCAUCAUCGAGAGGCACCGAGCUGCAGGCAAAGUUGGAUGCUCUUGAGGAAGAAUUGCUGAAAGCAAAGAAGGAGCUAUCUCAUGCUGAGCAAGAGAAGAUCCGCAUCACUGGGGACUUGCUUGAAGCUACGAGAUUGGCUAGUAAGGCCGAUGAGAAACUCCAAGAGGCAAUUAUUUCUAAGGAUAGUGCUGAGAAGAGCUUGGAGAUUCAGAAAUUCCGCACCGAUGAGUUGGAGCAAAUGAGCAUUGAAGCUGCACAAAAAAUGGAGGCAGCGCAUCAGGAAGAACUUGCAAGUAUCCAAGAUCAACGUGCUAUGGAUAUUUCAGCACUGCUGUCUAUGACCAAUGAACUGCAGAAAGUGAAGCUUGAUUUAGCUAAUGUUACAGAUGAAAAAGAUGCUGCCCUGCGUGAAGCUGAUGGUGCAAAUAAGACUGCUAGAUCGAACUCGGAGAAGGUCAAGACCUUGUCAAAAGAAAUGAGCCACUUAAAAUCCUUGCUUGACUCCAAGCUGGAUAAUAUGAAUAAAGAAGCAGGAGAGCGUAUUAAGAAGUUGAAUGCUGAUACCAAUGCUUUGCAAGUUGAGCUUGAAAGAGCUAAGACAGCUGAAGAGAAGUUACCCGAGAUGGAAGCACUAGUUGGACAGCUCCGAAUGGAGAUAACUGAUGCAAAGAAAGCUACAGCAGAUGCAUCCAAGGAAGUUGGAGAACUGAAAGAGGCAGUGACUUUGUUGGAAACUAAGUUGAAGGAAGCUGAUCAAUCUAAGAAAUCUGCAACUGAAUCUCUUGAGACUGCAAGAGAAAAGAUUCAUGAAUGCACCACUUUAUUGCAAGAUGCUGAAACUGAGAUUGCUGAUCUCAAAAGGAAAGUCAAACACAUGGAGAUUGAAGUAGCCAAUUGCAAAAUUGGACUCAAGGAUUCAGAGAGAAAGCUUUAUUUGUCAGAAGAAGAGGUAAUGAGCCUGAGUGAGACGGUUACAGUGCUAAAAGAUGAGGUUAAGAAACUGGAGGAGGAGAAAUUGCAGGCGCUCGGCAAGGACAAGGCUGCUGCUUUUGGCAUUGAGAAACUGUUGAAGGAGAAGGACAAACUCAAUGAUGAACUUAAGACCAGUAAAGAUGAAGUGGAAUCUCUUAAAAAGGCAAUGGAAGAUUUAGUUUCAGCAUUGCAUGACAAGUCUAGUGAAGCCAGAGAAAAUCAAGAAAGGCUUCUAGCAGUGCAAACUGAUAUGGAUGAUUCUCGGGUGCAGAUAGAGCAAUUGAAUUCAGCUUUCAAGAACACUGAAGAGAGAUACGAGGUCAUGCUCGAUGAAGCAAGAUACGAGAUAGUUUGCCUCAAGAAAAAUAUAGAGAAAUUUGAAACUGGAAUGGAUAAUUAUAAUGCUGAAUUGGGUGCAAAAGAGCUAAAAUUUAUCAAUGACAUCAAAAAGUUUGAAAAUGAAGUUGCUUCCCUCAAGAUUGAAAUGGAAAAGGUUCUCACUUCACUCAAUGCAGCAGAGAGAGAAGCACAAGCUGCAAAGGCAGAUGGAGCCGAGAUGACAAGCAAGUUGAAACAAGCUGAAUCUGCAGCUGCUGCUGCAUAUCAAGCAACAGAAGAUGCAAAGACGGAGACUUUGGGAUUGAAGGAAAGGCUGUUGGACAAGGAGAAUGAGUUACAGAGCAUCGCUCAAGAAAAUGCCGAUCUUCAGAUCAAGGAAACUGCUGCCCUGCAGAAAAUCAAAGAGCUUUCUUUGUUGCUCGAGGAGACCAUGGCCAAGAAAACUGAUGUGAAGAUUGAGCUACCGGAGAAUGAAAAUGAGCACAAUACGCUACCAAUCAUCAUUUCUCAGGAUGGACCAAAAAUGAAUGAGGAGAAUGAUAAAGGAAACUACAACGACGAUGACGAAGAUCACACAGAUGUCAUGCCCAAGGACUUCAAAUCAGAAAAGGAUCAUGAGACAGAAACUGACGACGACGAUGAUGAAUCAAGGAUUCAUAACUAUUAUGGUAGCCUUGAACAGACAAAUAGUAUGGCAGAAAGCAUUGGCCCAGGGAUACACUCAUUCUCCAACAUGCAGCAGCAGCCCAAGAAAAAGAAUGGAAUGCUACAUAAGUUUGGGCAUCUGCUGAAGAGAGGAAGCCAGAAAGACAAAAGCCAUAAAUAGUACGUAUAUCUCAUCGAAUCAAAUACUCUACCUCUCAUGCUUUCAGGUUUAAGGAUGGAUUGGGCUUUCUGGUGCUUGCAUUGAGUUACUGAAGUGCUUGUCUGAAAGCCUGUUACAAUCAAAAAAGAAAAGAAAAAAUUAGGUUCAGAAAGAAGGAACAUCGCUACUCUGCUUCCAUAACAUAUUCAAUGAAUGGAAUGUAAUAAGUGUUUGUUGUAUGAACAGUUGUGUUUUAUUUAUAUAUUACAGUCUGAAGUUAUUCGUUUCCA